AUGAAAAAUUCCGCGGCCUUUUUCCUCCUCCUGCUCCACAAUGUAUUAAGUUUUUCAAGUGUCACAGUAAAUCCUAGCUCUGCAAAUAUCUAUGAACAAACUACUUAUCUAGCUACCCUCACUUUAACCCAAUCACUUCCAAAUGUUCCUGCCGGGUUCAAGGCGGUAAUGAUCUUGCCAUCCCAAUUCAAAGUUGUUGAUCCUAUAAACUCUCUCCCAAGCACAUGCAUCUUAAAAGAUUUUUUAAUUGUCUCGCCUGAUAUCGCUCUAACUUCUGCAUACAGCUCAACAAACCCCCAAAAUGGGCAAUGUGGGGUUUCUGCAUCUAACACUUAUACCUUAAUCACCCCCCAACAAAUGACAGCUGGUUUAAAGUUUCUAAUUGGAAACAUUCAAAACCCAAUCGCCUCCUUAAAUGCAGCCAAUAUAGGCCCAAUUCAAUUUUAUGGCUACAACCCAGGAAGCACAUCUCCUGACUAUCAAAUUCAAUAUAGUUUUACAAGUGGGACUUUUAACCCAGGGACACUUACAAGCUCAUCAUUUUCACAGACAAAUACUCAAGUAGGCGCUUGGAAUUCCUACACGUUCGGAUUUACUCUUCAGCAUAAUGUGCCACAGGAUGGAAAAAUCCAAUUUGUGUUUUCAAGCGAUUUUGGGUUAAGCACUCCUGCAAAUACUCCAGUUACUGGGCAGAUAGGCAGCGGUGCAAGUGAAAGUUUAACGCCAACUAUCAGUAGUAAUACGCUUUUUGCUACUGGAUUAUUUAGCUCUGAUUUGACUGUAGCAGCUGGAGUGACUUCAAUUAGUAUUACAAUUGGAUGGUUAAGAAAUAUAAGAUAUAUAGGAACUUCUUCUAUAGUGAUUUCUACGACAACUUCAAAUAACGAAAAAAUAGACUCAAUGACUAUAUAUCAAGGAUCUAGCUCACCUUGCCCUAUUAGCUAUUUAUUGCUUUAUAACACAGUAACUACUGUAAAUCUUCAAAACUCUUUGUCAAUUUUUUUCCAAACAAACAUUUUUGAUGCAAAUUUAAACAAUACUUUUAUUAUAAAAUAUACUUUUCCUUCAACUUUUACUAUAAAUUCUGUAAGCUGCUCAAUUGUCUCAGGGCUUUCAGAUACUUCAAUAUCUUGCUCACAGAACUCCAAUGUUUUAAGUACUACGGCUGUGACUCAAAGCACAACUAAUAUUGGGAUUAAUUUCAAUUAUCCUAUUAACCCUCCAAAUACUAAAACUACAGAUUACUUUAAAAUAUCAACUUAUACCUCUGGAGGAGCUCUAAUAUGCCAAAAUACCACGUUUAGUACUUUCACAGCAACCCCAAAUGCAAUAAAUGUGGUAAAAAAAUCAAGGAAUAGUGCAUAUGUUGGUGAUUCAGGACCUUAUAUUUUAUCAUUUACAACCUCAACACAGAUGCCUUCAUAUUCUUGGGUAAAAAUAGUUUUGCCAAUAGCAGAGCUAUGGGAAGACAGUGGAAUUGUUUGCAAUACUGUUAUAAACGGAGUCACAUCCACCUCAAAUAUUUGCACAAAAUCCUCGAGCCCUGCUGAUAGCAGCACUUAUGAAUUGAUUAUGAAUGAAUGAUGCUCAUCAACUGAUACAAGUUGCUCUUCAUGCUGCAGUGCUGGAAAAACCCUCACAAUUAGUAUUGGAGGAGUAAAAAAUCCAUAUUAUGUUAAUCCUAAUCUAGGGACGACAAUAAAAAUAUAUACAUUGAACCCUGAUAAAACAGGAUUAAUUGAUGAUGUCACAUCAGGCCUCCAAUUUACUCCUGCUUUGCAGGCACGAACAGUGAGUGAUGCAAUACUGAAUAGAAGUGACGACACUGUUGGUGAGUAUACAGUUUAUAAUUUAUCUUAUACCCCUACUAUUGACUAUAUGAGCAAUGCUAUGAUUGUUUUUACAAUUCCAGCUAACUCAAUAUUCGCUGCAGACAAUGGGAAUUCAAUGCAGUGCACUAAUAUUGGGAAUUCUUAUGGAAACAGCAACACCCCUACCUGCUCUAAUUAUACACAAAAUGCAAGCGGCUCAAUUACUUCUAUCACCUUUGAAAAUAUGUGCCCAAGUGGGUGUACAAAAGGAGUGAAAAUAGUGCUACAGGUUUCAAACAUUCAAAAUCCCAAUACAAUUGCUCCAUUUGACUCAUCAUGAAAAAUUGCAGCCUACACAAGUGCAUGAUAUAUAAUUGAAAAUGGCGGCAUAAGUACUGCAAAUUUAAACAGCAUCAAUACGAGUACUAUAUCAGGGAUUACAGCAACCCGCACAAAUAAUAACAUUAAAUCAAGCAUUUCGAUGGCCAUUUCAUUUAACUAUUCAACUUUUAUAGCGAGUACAGGAUAUAUUGAUAUAACUUUUCCAAUUGAUAUGGUUGUCAUUCAAACGACGUUUAGGGUUUAUAGGAUUUCUGAUAAUGUAGAGCUGAAUAUAUUAAAGACAGUUGACUCAUCAACAAAUAGUGUAGUCCAUCUUACAAUAACAAACUACUGCUCGUCAACUUGCAAGAAAGGAGGGAGUAUUGGGUUUGCAAUGGCUGGAAUCAAAAAUAUGGAUUAUGUGAUCACAAUAACUGGCGGAUUGUCAAUUUAUACGUCUAAUAAUGGGUAUAAUAGCGAUGUAGCUAGCAUAAACGAUGUUUCAACGAUUUUAGCUCCGUUUAUUGCUGGGAGCUUGACAAAUAUUGAUAUUCAUCCUUAUAAUCCAACAGUGUCUGCUGUAACUAACUACAGAAUCAUAUUUACUUCCCAAAAUAACAUUCCGAUUGGGGCAAUGAUAUCGGUAGCAUUCCCAUCUGGAGUCUCGAUCUCUUCUUCUCUCAGUUCUUGCACAUCUUAUAUCAAUACAAAUACCACUUUACAAUGCACUGUAUCAAGCAAUACUGUCACCUUGAAAAAUGGUUUCCAGUCUCAGCUUACAGGACCAGUAAUGAUAGGAUUUUGAAUAUCUAACAUCACAAAUGGCAAUUCCGCAAAAUCAUAUGGAGUUUUUGCAAUUUCUACGCUAGAUUCAACGGGAUUUGUGAUAGAUACUGACUCAACUAUGUCUAUAUCAUUUUUCUCAUCAAUUAAUGACAAUUCGUGCUCUUCUGAAUGCCAGCACUGUGCAGGAAGCUCAAUAUCUUGCUAUUCCUGCAACGUUCCUUCGUCUUCACCAAUGCUUGAAGGGUAUUCUUGCAAUUCUGAAUGCCAAAGUGACUAUUUUUUAUAUUCAGACCUCACAUGCUUAAGGUGCCACUUCACAUGUGCCUCAUGUCUCGGCCCACAAUCAACUGAUUGCACUUCAUGCGCUUCAGGCUAUUUGCAAUCAGAUAAUUCAUGUGUGACUUCUUGCCCUUCAGGUACUCAAAAAGUUAACGGAGUUUGUGUGAAUACUGGAAGCUGUCAAAGCCCAUGUGCAACCUGCAGUACAAGCUCUACAUUUUGUUUAUCAUGUGUGUCUUCUUACCCAGUUUUGUAUAGAGAAAGAGGAAAUUGUGUAGCAGAAGAAACUUUGACUGAUGAUAACUGUCCUACAGGAUAUUAUGAAGACAGCAACAAAAUUUGUCAAAAAUGUGAUAAUAACUGUUUAGAUUGCUUCUCUGCAUCUACUCAUUGCAAUAGCUGCCCUACCAUUUAUGGAGAAACUUAUUUAAACAAGCUAGACUAUACUUGUGUUUCAAAGUGCCCUGAUCUUAUUUCAGUUGUUGACUCAACCAACAAAUUAUGCUUACCCUGCGAUGCAUCAUGCCAGACUUGCAGUGGGAUUUCCUCUAAUAGCUGUUUAAGCUGCCCAACUUCUGGAACUAAGUAUUUUACCUCAGACAGCCAGUGUGUUUCUGCGUGCUCUUCUCCGACUCAUCAUUACUAUAAUACAACUUCUAGCAUUUAUCAGUGCAUUUCUAGCUGUCCUUCAAACUAUUAUUUGGAUUCGCCCACAAAUUAUUGUUUACCUUGCAUGAGCAGCUGCUUGACUUGCAAUGAUGGUGUCACAUGCAAAACAUGUGACCUGUCAGGAUCAACGCCUUUUAUUACAGACACCAAUCUUUGUGUACAGAAAUGCACUUUGACUCAAUAUUUAUAUACUCUCAAUGGUAGAAAGAUAUGCUAUUCCAAUUCUUGUCCAGCUCCUUCUCUAAUUUAUUACGAUUUAAAUAACAAUAAUCAGCCUACAUGCAUUGACUAUUCAACCUGUCCCAGCCAGCAUUAUUAUAUAACCAGCGAUAAUUCAAGCUGCUUAGCUUGUGAUCAAACUUGUUUAACAUGCAAUGGUACUGCAUCCAAUAAUUGCUUAACGUGCGAUUUAUCAGGAAGCACUCCAUUUCUAACUGAAGAUUCUAAAUGUGUAGCUUAUUGCAGUUCUUCUCAAUUCGUAUAUACUCUCGAAGGAAAGAAGCUGUGCUAUAAUAAUGCUUGUCCAUCUCCAUCACUAAAAUAUUAUAAUAUCAGCAACAAUAAUCAGCCUACUUGCAUUUCAUAUGCAAGUUGUCCUAGUCAGCACUAUUAUAUCACAAGUGAUAAAUUAAGCUGCUUAGCUUGUGAUAUAACUUGCCUUACAUGUAGCGGCACAACAUCUAACAGUUGUUUAACGUGUGACUUAACUGGAAGCACUCCAUUUUUGACAGAAGAUUCAAGAUGCAUAAGCAAUUGCAACUCUACUCAAUUUUCAUAUACCCUCGAUGGAAAGAAAUUGUGCUAUGACCAUUCUUGUCCAUCUCCUUCAUUAAAUUAUUAUGAUCCAAACAAUAAUAGCCAGCCCACCUGCAUCUCUCGUUCAUCUUGCCCUAGUCAGCAUUAUUAUAUCACAAAAGAUGGCUCUAGCUGUUUGGCCUGUGACCAAACUUGUCUGACAUGUAGCAGUACAGCUUCUAAUGGCUGUUUAUCCUGCAAUUUGACUGGAAGCUCUCCAUUUUUAACUGAAGACUCCAAAUGCGUUAAUUAUUGUAACUCUACUCAGUUCGUAUAUACUCUUGAAGGAAAGAAACUUUGCUAUGAAAAUUCUUGUCCAUCCCCAUCAUUAAAAUAUUAUGAUCCAGAUAACAGCAAUCAGCCUACAUGCAUCUCUAACUCAAGCUGCCCAAGCCAGCACUAUUAUAUAACAAGUGAUAGCUCAAGUUGUUUAGCUUGUGAUCAGUCCUGUGUCACAUGUAAUGGCUCUAUAUCUAGUAAUUGCUUAUCAUGCAACUUAACAGGAAGCACUCCUUUUUUGACAGCAGAUUCUAAGUGCGUUUCUGUCUGUCCAUCAAACUUGUUUACUUAUACUUUCAAGGGCAAAAAGUUAUGCGUGUCUACUUGUGGCCCUGAUUAUUGGAACUAUGAUCAAUCUUCGAGCUCAAAAGUGUGCAUUGAUUCUUGCCCUGAUAAGUACUACCAAGAUACCUCAAAUUAUUAUUGCAAGCCUUGUAAUAUCAGCUGUAAAACUUGUACUAGAGAAAACUACUGUUCAAGCUGUCCUGAUGGAACUUAUUAUUAUCAGCAGCAAUGCUAUAGUAAAUGUCCAGAUGGCUUAAUAAUUGAAGAUGGGAAUUGUGUAAAACCUUGCGGAUCAGGAUGCAAAACUUGUGAUAGCAAUAAUCCAUCCACUUGCAUCACCUGCAAAGAUUCUUCUCCUUAUUUAUAUAAAAAUGUUUGCUACAGCAACUGUCCUGAUGGUUUAUAUGGGAACUCAGCCACUUGCAAACAAUGCGACAAAAGUUGUAAAACAUGCUAUGAGUCAUCAAUUUAUAACUGUAAAUCUUGCUAUUCUAAUGAAAAUUCAACUUAUUAUUUAAACCCGGACAACUCUUGCCAGACUAGUUGUCCUGAAAACUACACAGCUAAUUCAACUACUUUACUAUGUGAUAAAAAUCCUACAAACCCUACCGAUAUUUGUGAUAAAAGUUGUAAGACCUGCAGCGGGUCAUCACUUUACAACUGCACAUCUUGCUACUCUGACAGUAAAUCUACUUAUUAUUUAAACCCAGAUCAUUCUUGCCAAAUUACCUGCCCAAGCAAUUACACCGCGAAUUCCACCACUUUGACAUGUGACAAAGACCAAAUCAUUAUUCCCCCAGUGAACAAGUCUACUGUUACUUCAAGUGGGAUUUCUGCUUUUGCUGUUUAUGCGCUUAUAGGAGAAACUCUACUAGCAUUAAUAAUUAUAGUAAUUGCAAAAUUCGCAAGCCCAGAUAUGUACUUACAAAAAGCAACUAUUUUAUUUAUGUUCAGUGCUAUUGAAUUUACUGAAAGAAUAUUUCUCCUAAUUUUCCUAUGGGUUGAUAAGGGCUCAGAAGCUUCAAUUCUUGUAGGGAUAACAGCUUCAUUUAUAGCUGGGUCAAGUGUGCUAUCUAUGAUGUUUUUAAUUCUGCAUUUAGAUCCACUGGUCGAAAGCAGUGCAGCCUUAGACGAAUUUUCUCAGAAAUUUAAAUGGUCGUAUAGGAUUACAAGGUUUUUAUCGUUACUUUUUGGGAUUCACUUUAUAAGAAUAUUGUAUAGUGGAUUCUUUGGUCUUCCUGUAUCAACUCAUGCGAAGACACUGGGGAAUGUGAAUGCGUUUAGAUUUCCAUUGGAAAGAUUAAGCUUGUAUAAUUUGACCGUCAUAAAUGUACCUCAGCUGUUCCAACAUAUCGCUAUUUUGGGACUGUAUUCUUAUAUGAGUGAUGUCUGGCAGAUAUCACUUUUUGGGAUUUGCUUGGAGUUAUUUGUAUCGAUUUUUUACUUUUGGGACUGGUUUAAAGGGCCUUGGAGGAUUUAA